UCCCAUCCCACUGGCAGCUGCAGCUUCAGCAAAAGAAGCAGAAACAACAGCAGCAGCAAGCACUCGAAACUGGAAGCGUCGCGGCAGCAUCAGUAGCAGAAACAGAAGAGGAUCCAACAGCAGCAACACCAUCACCACUGCCAGCAGCAGCAGCAGCAGCGUGGGCGUGGGAGGAGGUGGAGGACCCGCCCAUCUACACCAACAUCCAGUACCCCUUCCCCAUCCAGCCGCCCUUCGUUCCCACCGACAACCCCACCGCCUGCUACCGCCGCCGCUUCUCACUCCCUGCCUCCUGGUCAGGCCAGCACAUCACGCUGUGCUUUGAGGGAGUGGAUUCCGCCAUCCACGUGUGGCUGAACGGUCACUACGUGGGGUACAGCCAGGACAGCCGCCUCCCUGCCGAGUUCAACGUCACACCUUAUUGUAUCACGCGUGGGAAGGAAAAGGGCGAAGAAGGCACUUCCGAGGGGAACAAUCGGGAGGGGAAAACUCGUGAAGCAGAGGAGAAAGUGCGGGUGCGAGGGGUGGUGGAGAGAGCAGGGGAUGGGGAGGAGGGGGAUGGGGAUGGGGAUAGGGAGGGGGAGGGGGAAGCGGAAGGGGAGAAUGUGUUGGCGGUGAUGGUGGUGCGGUGGAGCGAUGGGUCGUAUCUGGAGGACCAGGACCACUGGUGGCUGUCUGGCAUGCACCGCGACGUCACUCUGCUGUGCCGCCCACAGGUGCAUAUAGCGGAUUUGGAGGUGAAGACUGAAGUGUCUGACGACAUGCAGUCUGCAACGGUCAAGCUAGAGGUUCUGCUGGAGGGCUGGCCCCGCUGCGACAUCCAAUCCCUUAACGACAGCUACGAUUUAGAAGCGCUGAGGCUCCCUGAAGCGGCGGUUUUCCAGGCUGUAGGGCUGGGGGCGGGUGAUAAGAGAGGGGAAGGGGGAAAUGGGGGAGGGGAAGGCGUGGGAGUGGGAGGAGGAGGGGGAGAGGGGAGUGGAGGAUGGAAGGAUGAUAAGGUGGUGGUGAUUGGGAACACGAUGCGAGUGCGGAUGGAGGCCAAGGUGGAUAAGGACAAACUUGUGUUGUGGUCUCCUGAUCUGCCACACCUGUUCACGCUGGUGGUGACGCUGGCAGAUGCGUCAGGGCGGCCACAGCAGGUGGAGGCGGCGAGGGUGGGGCAACACCUGUACGCGCUGGUGGUGACGCUGGUAGAUGCGUCAGGGCGGCCACAGCAGGUGGAGGCGGCGAGGGUGGGGCAACACCUGUACGCGCUGGUGGUGACGCUGGUAGAUGCGUCAGGGCGGCCACAGCAGGUGGAGGCGGCGAGGGUGGGGCAACACCUGUACGCGCUGGUGGUGACGCUGGUAGAUGCGUCAGGGCGGCCACAGCAGGUGGAGGCGGCGAGGGUGGGGCAACACCUGUACGCGCUGGUGGUGACGCUGGUAGAUGCGUCAGGGCGGCCACAGCAGGUGGAGGCGGCGAGGGUGGAGCAACACCUGUACGCGCUGGUGGUGACGCUGGUAGAUGCGUCAGGGCGGCCACAGCAGGUGGAGGCGGCGAGGGUGGGGCAACACCUGUACGCGCUGGUGGUGACGCUGGUAGAUGCGUCAGGGCGGCCACAGCAGGUGGAAGCAGCGAGGACUCCCUGGUCCCUGAACUCUCAAACCUCCCACAAACAACCCCCUCCCCCUCCCGCACCCCAGCCACACCUGUACACGCUGGUGGUGACGCUGGCAGAUGCAUCAGGGCGGCCACAGCAGCCACACCUGUACACGCUGGUGGUGACACUGGCAGAUGCGUCGGGGCGGCCACAGCAGGUGGAGGCGGCGAGGGUGGGGGUGAGGCGGGUGGAGGUGCGGGGGAGAGAGCUGCUGGUGAACGGGAAGGCAGUUGAGGUGAAAGGGGUGAACCGGCACGAGCACCAUCCACAGACCGGGAAGGUCAACAUCGAAGAGUGCAUGGUCAAAGUAAGUCAACGCUGGUCAAGGGCUGGUAACGCAGGUGGUGAGUCAACGCUAGUCAAUGCUGGUCAAGGUGUGAAUGGGAGGGCUGUGGAGGUGAAAGGGGUGAACCGGCACGAGCACCAUCCACAGACUGGGAAGGUCAACAUCGAAGAAUGCAUGGUCAAGGUGAGUCAACGCUGGUCAACGCUGGUCAAGGAUGUGGUGGAGAUGAAACGACACAACGUGAACGCUGUGAGAUGCAGCCACUACCCCAACCACUCCCGCUGGUACGAGCUGACGGAUCUCUUUGGUCUCCUGGUAGUAGAUGAAGCUAAUAUCGAGACGCACGGCUUCGAUCCAGACAAUCAUCUCAACAGGAAGGGGCGGCAGCCGGCCGAGGACCCCGAGUGGGCGGCAGCAAUGGGCGCGCGGGUGAUGCGCAUGUGCGAGCGCGACAAGAACCAUGCGAGCGUGGUGGUGUGGUCGCUGGGGAACGAGGCGGGUUAUGGGGCAACGCACGAUGCCAUGGCAGCAUGGUUGCGACACAGGGACCCGUCUCGUCCCAUACACUACGAGGGGGGCGGCUCGCGCACCACUGCCACUGACAUCGUUUGCCCCAUGUACAUGCGCGUGCCUGACAUCAAGGCCAUUGCUCAAGACCCCACCGAGACCCGCCCUCUCAUCCUCUGCGAGUACGCCCACGCCAUGGGCAACAGCAGUGGCAACCUGGAUGCGUAUUGGGACGCCAUUGAGUCGACCCACGGGCUGCAGGGAGGCUUCAUCUGGGACUGGGUGGAUCAGGUAUGCACCCUCUCAUAUGACUUUGGGGACACACCCAACGACCUUAACUUCUGCAUUAACGGGCUCAUGUGGCCCGAUAGGACUCCCCACCCUGCCAUGCGCGAGCUGGCCCACGUGUAUCGCUACUUUGGCUUUAAGUGGACGGAGCAGGGUGACGUUGAGGUUUUCAACAAGAGCUUCUACCAGCCCUCCUCCGCCUUCUCCUCCUUCUCUCUUGAGACGUCUCAAAAGUCCUCUCACUUAUCCCCCUUCUACUCCCUUUCCCUUCUUCCGCCUUCCCCACCCGCCCUUCCACCAGAGCUCUUUGCACUGUUCACUGCUACAGUGAAUGAGAGAACAAGGUGGUGCGAUCCCGGGCAGGUUGUUGCAUCUGUUCAGCUGCCCUUCAAGCUGCCCAAAGGAGCAAUCACCUCAACCAUUUCCGAGCCUUCCACCAAGCCUGCAAUUUCCGAACCUGCGCUCUCUGAGCCUCCUCUACCCGUCCGCCAAUCAUCUGUUCUUGUCACGUCCACUGAUGGCUCGUUCGAAAUCACUAUUCAUGUCAAGACCGGUGGUGCACUUUCCUGGAAGAUCAACGGUUCAGAUGUGCUUCUGCCCCCGUCCCUCGCUGCCCCCUGCCUCGCCCUGUGGCGGGCACCCACGGACAACGACAAGGGAGGCGGCGCUGCCAGCUAUGCUGCCCGAUGGAAGGCUGCCGGGCUCAGCACCCUCGCUGCUGCUGACGCUGGGGGGGUGAUUUCCCUAGGGGGAGAUGCUACAGUGGUUUCUGUAGAAGGAGGGAAAGGAGUCGGAGAGGAGGGAGAGAAGGGGGGAGUGGAGAAAGACGAAGAGGGGAGUGGUGAAGAGGGAAAGGGCACGGAGGGGCAGAAGGGAGAGGGUGAUGAUGAAUCCUUGAAAGUUUCGAUUGGAAAGGAUGGGACGGUUUCCGUGGUUGUAGAGGCAGCUUAUCGACCCCGGGCAGAUGAAAUUUCUGAGGAGGGAGUUGUGGAAGCGGGUGCUGCCCCAACCAAUCUGGUCGAGGCUUAUGGAGGGGUGGAAGUUGAAGCAUCAGCGAGCGGCGGGCAGGCAAAGAAACUUUCUGACGUGGACUGCUGGGUCCGGCUCAAGUCAGAAUGGCAGAUCCAUGGCAGCGGGCAGGUUGUUGUGAAAUUUUGGGUGGACCCAAGCCCUGCCCUGCCGCCCCUACCGCGCGUCGGAAUGCGGUUCCGGGCAGCAAAAAAACUCUCCAACGCGGUCUGGUCCGGGCGGGGCCCGCAUGAAUGUUAUCCUGACCGGAAGCAGUCUGCACACGUGGCGCUUCACUAUUUGCCGGUGAAUUCCCUCCACGUGCCGUACAUUGCUCCUGGGGAAAAUGGCGCGAGAGUGGACACGCGUUGGUUCACACUCUUUACAAGCACACAGGAGAGGGAACAACAGGGAUCAGUGGAAAACCCACAGGGAGGUGCAGAAGGCGGCGGUUCACAGCCAGAAGCAGAGGGGGGAGCACAGGUGGAAGCGCAAGGGGAGGAAAGAAAGGAGGCGGAUGGGGGGAAGGGGAGGGAGGUAUUCCAGAAAGUUCCUUACUUAGGGCUUGUUAUAGAGCCAGUGGAGAUAGGAGGAGGGGAGGGACGUGGGGGAGGGAGCGAGGAGGGCAGGGAGGGAGGGAGGGCAGUGGUGCAUUUCAGUGCAAGUGGGUACUCGGCAGAGGAGCUGCAUCGAGCACAGCAUGAGGAGGAACUGAUUGAAGACGAGGAGUAUAACCAUGUGCAUCUGGAUCAUGCCAUCAUGGGGGUGGGCGGCGACGACAGCUGGACCCCAUCGGUGCACAAGGAGUUUCUGCUGCCGCCCCGCCCGUACGCAUUCGGGGUGGCGUUCCGGCCCCUCAUGGGCCAGCGGGAGUGA